CGUGAGCACGCCGCAAUGAAUCCCACAGAUUCCGACGACGACCGCCCCGCCGCGGCGGCGGCGGCGGCGGAUUCCGCGCCUCCGCAGCAGCAGCAGCAACCGCUGGAGUGGAGGUUCGCGCAGGUCUUCGGCGAGCGCGCGGCGGGCGAGGACGUGCAGGAAGUUGACAUCAUCUCUGCCAUCGAGUUUGAUAAAUCUGGUGAUCAUCUUGCCACCGGAGACAGAGGAGGACGUGUUGUUUUAUUUGAGAGGACAGAUGCUCGAGAUCAGCAUGCUAAUCGGAGUGAACUGGAGAGACAUGAUGUUCCAAUUACCAGGCAUCCUGAGUUCCGCUAUAAAACAGAAUUUCAGAGUCACGAACCUGAGUUUGACUACCUCAAAAGUUUGGAAAUAGAGGAGAAGAUCAACAAAAUCAAGUGGUGCCAGUCAGCCAACAAUGCACUCUUCCUACUGUCCACAAACGAUAAAACGAUCAAGUAUUGGAAGGUGCAAGAGAAAAAAAUAAAGCAAGUUUCAGUUAUGACUUUGGACACUUCUACUGUAGGGAAUGGUGCCACUAGUCGUGCAAGUACCAGUACUUCCGUACCUCUUCCAAAUGGUGGAUGUUCAGAAAAGUCCGAUGGCCUCAAUGGUGAUCUCUUAUUUCCACCUGGAGGUUACCCAUCACUCCGUUUACCUGUGGUUACUACUAGUCAAGAUGUGAACCUUGCUGCUAGAUGUCGACGUGUAUAUGCUCAUGCUCAUGAUUACCAUAUUAAUUCUAUUUCGAAUAAUAGUGAUGGUGAAACAUUCAUAUCAGCAGAUGAUCUGCGAAUAAAUCUAUGGAAUCUGGAAAUAAACAGCCAGAGCUUUAACAUUGUUGAUGUGAAGCCUACAAACAUGGAAGAUCUGACUGAGGUGAUUACUUGUGCGGAGUUCCACCCCACUCAUUGUAAUACACUGGCAUAUAGUAGCUCAAAGGGUUCUAUCCGACUAAUCGAUCUGCGACAGUCUGCAUUGUGUGACAACCAUUCCAAGAUAUUUGAGGAGCAUGAAGCACCUGGAGCAAGAUCGUUCUUUACGGAGAUAAUCGCAUCAAUUUCAGAUGUAAAGUUUUCAAGGGAUGGAAGAUAUCUCCUUAGCCGUGAUUAUAUGACUCUCAAACUUUGGGAUCUAAACAUGGAUUCAGGUCCUGUUUCAACCUUCCAGGUCCAUGAGCAUUUAAGACCUAGGCUUUGUGAUCUGUAUGAGAACGACUCAAUAUUUGACAAGUUUGAGUGUUGUCUUAGUGGGGAUGGACGUCAUGUUGCAACUGGCUCUUAUGGUAACCUGUUUCGUGUUUUUGGUUCUACUCCUGGUAGUACGGAGGUGACCACUUUGGAAGCCAGCAGGAACCCAAUGAGACGUCAAAUGUCAAAUCCAAACAGACCCACACGAGGGACGAUGACUUCUAUGGCCCGUGGUGUGCGAAGAGGUGGAGAAAAUCUAGGUGUUGAUGCCAAUGGAAAUUCAUUAGACUUCUCGACGAAGUUGCUCCAUCUCGCAUGGCACCCCACUGAGAAUUCCAUCGCAUGCGCUGCUGCAAAUAGCUUGUACAUGUAUUACGCGUAGAAAAUUCUCUAGAGGAAAUUUAUUGUUCUUGGUUUGCCACAUCGUCCUCCUUGAAGGCCAUGCCCUUUCACAUGCGAUCAGAGGGGACUGUGAAGUGCAGCGUCAUUUUCUCCCUUGGGGCCAAAAGAGGCAGCUGAUGACUGAUGUUGAAGAUUGCUGUGCUAGCGGACCACGUCCUUGCUGAUUCUUUGGUAAAUGUGUAAAUUAUAUUCUGAUCAUCAAAAGUUUUUGGUCCCAAGAUGCGACCACUUUGCUCUCGUCGCAGUUGUUGUGUAUGCCAAAUCAGCAGACGAGGACACAAAUCAAAGUUAGAAAGUCACCUUGUGAUGAUUCCGGUGGCAAAGGACAGCGCCAAAUCUGUAUUGCAAGUUCUGUAUGGUUGGCCUUUCUUUACAUGUAAUCUCACAUAGACAGGGCUAAUUGGUUAUUUGAAACUUUUAAGUUUGUCUGAACGUUUAGUUAUUGUAGUUAUUCUUGGUCUAUUCAUUGAACUGUUGAAAUAAGUCAGCAGCAGUAUA